GGAAAUAGAGAGAGAGAGAGAGAGAGAGAGAGAGAAAAGAGGGGGAGCACAUGUGUAUGCUUGUCACUAAGGGGCUGGGAGAAGGACUAAGGGAAGCGAGGUAGCUGGCCACAGCCGCCAUAUGCUGACUGGAUUCCUGUUCAUGUCUGCUGAGUGAAGAGCGUAGGUUUGUGUUCUGUGCUGGCCGGCUGGGGAACGCACCAUGGGAAGCUCACAUCUCCUCAACAAAGGCAUGCCUCUAGGCAUCAGGCCACCCAUCAUGAAUGGGCCUAUGCACCCGCGCCCCCUGGUGGCGCUAUUGGACGGGCGGGACUGCACCGUGGAGAUGCCCAUCCUCAAAGAUGUAGCAACUGUGGCCUUCUGUGACGCCCAGUCAACACAGGAGAUCCACGAGAAGGUGCUGAAUGAAGCUGUAGGAGCGCUGAUGUACCACACCAUAACUCUGAUGAGAGAGGACUUGGAGAAGUUUAAAGCUCUGCGCAUCAUCGUUCGCAUCGGCAGCGGAUACGACAACAUCGACAUCAAAUCUGCUGGAGAGUUGGGCAUAGCUGUGUGUAACAUGCCGGCGGCCUCGGUGGAGGAGACGGCCGACUCUACACUGUGUCACAUCCUCACCUUGUACCGACGCACCACCUGGCUGCACCAGGCUCUCCGGGAGGGCACGCGGGUCCAGAGCGUGGAGCAGAUCCGUGAGGUGGCAUCAGGAGCUGCAAGGAUCAGAGGAGAAACUCUAGGACUCAUCGGACUGGGUCGAGUGGGCCAAGCUGUAGCUCUGAGAGCCAAGGCGUUUGGCUUCAAUGUGAUUUUCUACGACCCUUAUUUGGCGGAUGGUGUUGAAAGAUCCCUGGGACUACAACGGGUCACCACACUACAGGAUCUGCUCUUCCAUUCUGACUGCGUCUCUCUGCACUGCAGCCUCAACGAACACAACCACCACCUGAUCAACGACUUCACCAUCAAACAGAUGCGUCAGGGGGCGUUCCUGGUAAAUACAGCCAGGGGGGGUCUGGUGGAUGAGAAGGCCCUGGCUCAGGCCUUGAAGGAGGGAAGGAUACGUGGAGCUGCUCUGGAUGUUCACGAGACAGAGCCCUUCAGUUUCAGUCAGGGCCCUCUUAAAGAUGCUCCUAACCUGAUCUGCACCCCCCACGCCGCCUGGUACAGCGAACAGGCAUCGCUGGAGAUGAGAGAGGAGGCGGCCAGGGAGAUCCGAAGGGCUGUCACAGGUCGAAUCCCAGACAGCCUAAAGAACUGUGUGAAUAAAGAGUUCCUCUCUCAGAAUAACCACUGGGCAGGAGUUGACCCAGCUACUGUCCACUCCGAGCUCAACGGGGCUUACAGGUACCCCCCAGGAGUGGUGAGCUUGCCCCCUGGCGGUCUCCCUCCCCCCGUUGAAGGCAUAGUGCCCAGCGCCGUGCCCAUCACACACACCCUCCCGCCUGCUGUAACACACCCUCCACACGCCCCGUCUCCAGGACAAAACACAGUCAAGCCACCAGAGGGCGACAGAGAGCAGCAUCCCAAUGACCAACUGUAGCUACACACAAAACACACACACACACACAAACACGCCAGCUCUGCCCGUGUUGUCCCGUCACCAAAAGAGGUUGGCAUGGCAACGACCGGCAUAGCGAUAAGAUCCCUUGUGACAAGUUGUUAUCAAACAGGUUCACAGAGUGUCAGAUAGACGAGUCGAGGUCCCAAUAGCAAUCGACUGGCUGGCAAUUGGCUCCCAGCGGCCAGUUUACACUCCAAAGAGGAAGAGGAGGAAGAUGACGAUGAAGAACAGAAGCAGCAGGAGAACGAGGAGGAAGUAGCAGUUGGAUGUUCUCAUCACAGAGCAAGACAGUUGUCAUCUGCUCCAACCAGAAGCUCUGAUAAAGACUGACUUUAAACCGUUUCCUCUGCCAGAAAUAACAAAAAUAACAUUAACUGUGUUGAUUUGGAACAAAAAAAGAAAAAUAAUAAUAAUAAUAAUACUGGAUCUGAUUCUGCUGUCUUAGACUGUAGUGUGUCCAAAGGUAGAGGGGCGUGUUCCAUGUCUUUCUCUCUUUUCUGUGUCCUUUCCUUAGUUUGAUGUACAAGCAAAAGUAGUAGGUUAUGACAUGAAUGUAACCUGUUUGUGUACAGUUUUUAGAAUUACAGCAAGAAAAUACUGAUAUUUGUAUUCCAGUCUUAACAAAAACAAGGGUUAUGUGAUCUCUCUAUGUAGCCAAACUGGUUUGAGAAUACAAUAUCUGUUUUUUUUUUUUUUUUUUUAAUGUGUCCCCGGAUUAACAAGCCCCC